AUGUUCCCGAUAUUCGACAUUUCUUACAUAAUGCAGCAACCAAGUCAACCGACGAUGCGUGAAGUCCCUCUCUCAACCACCGUGGAAGGCCCCUCGGCGAGAUCCAGAGAGGAGCAGCCAAUCUCCGCGCGAGACCACUACUACCAGCUACAAAGGGGCCCUCCUAAAAAACCGUGGUACUAUAAAAAGAAAAUGCUCCCAUUUACAAUACUAAUGGUGGUGAUUUCGGCCUUCAUCAGCUGUAUAAUUGUGGUCGUGAAGUUGACUCGAAAAUCGGCCUUGAUGCUGAAGACGCAUCCAAAAGAAACAAUGACUCAAUCUGUAACGGCAAUGGCUACGUCCCCUUUAACUCUGACAAGUGUGUUGAAUGUGACGAAUAGUACUUCUCCAUCAUUGGCUGCAUCUAUGAGCGAACCAUCAUCUAUGACCACAACAGCGACCAAGGCAACUCUCUCUCCAAGCCCGCCUUCUAUUCUAUCGUCAUCGAAUCUGGCUUCAAUUUUUGUUGACGGCGAAAAUAGCCAAGACAGCUUGGAGAUUCUAGUCUGGCAAGAUGAAGCGGGAUCUCUUUCUUACCUGAAUGGGGAGUCUAAUCUCAAAAGCCCAAAGCGCAUUGAAGAUUCACUCAAAGAUGCACUGAAAGCGAAAAAAGGAACUUCUAUGGCCGCCGUUGCGGACGAUGCCAGCACUGCGCAUUUAUUUUACCUUGAAGAGGAUGAUACUAUUUCUCAUAUAUUCAUGGAGCCAAAAGGAAGCUGGAGUCGUGGAGGCAUGUCCACCGGUAGCAAAAAGGGCCCCGCGGCGCAUGAGAAGUCGAUGCUUUCAGCGGCGUUCCACCGAGGCGAACAUGACACAAACGUUGUGGUAUUGUCGUAUCAAGAUCCGGGAGGCAACUUGAAGCUUGCAAUGUCAGAGGACCCCACGAACGACGAGAAUUGGUAUUCGGUGGACUUUGGCUCUUUUACGGGACGUCACGAUGUUGGAGAUUGGGGAGGCGUUGGUCAUGCCAUUGCAGGCGAUUGGCAAAAUAAGAGGCGCGACUCCGACGGCUCAUUUAGUGGACUAUUGAUGGCUAUUGAGGAGAGCGAAGAAAUAACGCCCUGGGAGUGUUCACUGGAUUUUCACGUGUCGUCGAAGAAGAAGGUAGAGUGUCAUUUCUUGGACAAGACUUUCUUGGAUUCUAAUGGCAGAGGACUAUAUCCAUCCUCGCAUUUAAAUCAGUUAGCUUGGGUUCGUACCGGCCAUGGCAAAAGCCAAGAUCCGGCACAGACGCUUCCGUAUGAGUUCGCUCUGCUGUAUACGAGUCCGGGAGGGAAAAUCCAGGAGAAUCGCGUGGGUGUUGAUAUCCCGAGGAUUGCAGGGCCUGGUUUUGAUGUGGACACGGACUUUGAUAGCCUCGCGACAAAUGAUAACAAGACCGUGUAUGCGAAAUCCGGGAGCGAUAUUGUGGUGUUUAGGUUGGAUGCCGAUGGAUGGCAGUGGAAGGUUGAUGGAAUUGUCAACACGGCCAUCUAA